AUGUGCGGUGGCUGCAACGACUGCGGCGACCGCGGCUUCUACGGCUGCGGUUGCAGCGACUCCGGUGUCUGCGGCGUCUGCGGCGGCUGCGGCGUCUGCGGCGGCUGCGGCGGCUGCGGCGGCUGCGGCGUCUGCGGCGACUGCGGCGCCUGUGGCGUCUGCGGCGGCUGCAGCGGCUGCGGCGUUUGCGGCGGCUGCGGCGGCUGCGGUGUCUGCGGCGGUUGCAGCGGCUGCGGUGUCUGCGGCGGCUGCAGCGACUGCGGCGGCUGCGGCGGCUGCGGCGUCUGCGGCGGCUGCGGCGGCUGCAGCGACUGCGGUGUGUGCGGCGUCUGCGGCGGCUGCGACGGCUGCAGCGACUGGGGUGUCUGCAGCGACUGCGGUGUCUGCGGCGGCUGCAGUGACUGCGGUGGCUACAGCGACUGCGGUGUCUGCGGCGGCUGCAGUGACUGCGGUGGCUACAGCGACUGCGGCGGCUGCGGUGUCUGCGGCGGCUGCAGCGACUGUGGUGUCUGCGGCGGCUGCAGCGACUGUGGUGUCUGCGGCGGCUGCGGUGUCUGCGGCGGCUGCAGCGACUGUGGUGUCUGCGGCGGCUGCAUCGACUGUGGUGUCUGCGGCGGCUGCAGCGACUGUGGUGUCUGCGGCGGCUGCAGCGACUGUGGUGUCUGCGGCGGCUGCAGCGACUGUGGUGUCUGCGGCGGCUGCAUCGACUGUGGUGUCUGCGGCGGCUGCGGUGUCUGCGGCGGCUGCAUCGACUGUGGUGUCUGCGGCGGCUGCAGCGACUGUGGUGUCUGCGGCGGCUGCGGUGUCUGCGGCGGCUGCAUCGACUGUGGUGUCUGCGGCGGCUGCAGCGACUGUGGUGUCUGCGGCGGCUGCAGCGACUGUGGUGUCUGCGGCGGCUGCAUCGACUGUGGUGUCUGCGGCGGCUGCAGCGACUGUGGUGUCUGCGGCGACUGUGGUGUCUGCGGCGGCUGCAGCGACUGUGGUGUCUGCGGCGGCUGCAUCGACUGUGGUGUCUGCGGCGACUGUGGUGUCUGCGGCGGCUGCAGCGACUGUGGUGUCUGCGGCGGCUGCAGCGACUGUGGUGUCUGCGGCGGCUGCAGCGACUGCGGCGUCCGCGGCAGCUGCGGCGGUUGCGGCGUCUGCGGCGGCUGCAGCGACUGUGGUGUCUGCGGCGUUUGCGGCAUGCCUGUCCAAGGUCCGAAGGAAGUCGCGGGCCAGAAGGCAAGACUCCGAUUCCGUCACGGUAAACGUGUGCGUGAGCGGCACCUUGGCCCUGCCCUUACCCAGGCGCAGCGCGACGGUCACGAGGCCGAUCGUCCGACGGCCUUGGAGGUGCUGCGCCGAGGGCGACGCCGGUCGAAUGUCCUUCUCGAGGCCGCACUCCUUGACGAUCCGGAGCGGCAAGAGCGACCUGCUCGCCCCGGCGUCGAGGGCGAGGAGGAACUUCGUCUUCAGCCGGCCCUUCCCGCAGGUGGCAGGGACCGAGCGCUCCUUGGCGGCGAGGCACGGCUGGAGGAGGCCGCGGAGGGCGUCUGGUCCCCUGGCGGCGGCGGGCGAGGAGAAGAAGCAGCCCAUGGACCCGCUCAAAAUGUCCCGCGGCGAGACCCUUGGCUGGAAGGGGGGGCAGCGCACGCCGACGACGAGGACGACAUGCCUGCGGGCGCCGAGGACUCGAGCCGAGGCCCUCAGCGUCAAGGGCUGGCCGAUGCGCUGCGCAAGCGACAAGGGUCACUGCGGGGCCGCUCCUGGCCAGCUGAUCACUGUCCGCUCUUGGAAGUAGACCAAAUGCUAGGAUGCCACCCGGAAGUGGACCACAGACACAUCGCCCUCACUCUGUGGACAUGCGAGGGCGACCGCAUCAAGAACGGGUGCGGCCAAAGAAAUUAG